UAGCACAAUCUCAUCCGCUCUAAACAACCUCAUCAAAACUCCUUUCUGGUCAGCGAGAAGCAAUAAUUAUUAUUAACAUUUAUUAGCGAUCAAUAAACGUGUUGCGUUAUGGCCAGCACUAUUAAGGAAGCUCUAUCGGUGGUGAGUGAGGACCAGUCGCUGUUCGAGUGCGCCUACGGGACCCCGCACCUGCCCAAGGCCGACAUGACUGCCUCCUCCUCCGGAGACUAUGGCCAGACCUCCAAGAUGAGCCCCCGGGUGCCGCAGCAGGAUUGGUUGUCCCAAGCGCCCGCCAGGGUUACCAUCAAGAUGGAAUGCAACCCCAAUCAGGUGAACGGCUCCAGGAACUCCCCCGAUGAAUGCAGCGUGGCCAAAGGCGGGAAGAUGGUGGGCAGCCCGGACACGGUGGGCAUGAACUACGGCAGCUACAUGGAGGACAAGCACAUGGCACCCCCCAACAUGACCACGAACGAGCGCAGGGUCAUCGUCCCCGCAGACCCCACGCUGUGGAGCACAGACCACGUACGGCAGUGGCUGGAGUGGGCGGUGAAGGAGUACAGUCUGCCAGAUGUGGACCUCCUGCUCUUCCAGAACAUCGACGGCAAAGAGCUGUGCAAGAUGACCAAGGAUGACUUCCAGCGGCUCACCCCGAGCUACAACGCCGACAUCCUGCUCUCGCACCUGCACUACCUCAGAGAGACUCCACUUCCACAUUUGACUUCAGAUGAUGUUGAUAAAGCAUUACAAAACUCUCCGCGGUUAAUGCAUGCUAGAAACACAGGGGGCGCAGCUUUCAUUUUCCCCAAUACUUCAGUCUAUCCUGAAGCUACGCAAAGAAUUUCAACUAGGCCAGAUUUACCUUAUGAACCACCCAGGAGGUCAGCCUGGACCAGUCAUGGUCAUCCCGGCCCCCAGUCCAAAGCUGCUCAACCAUCCCCUUCCACGGUGCCUAAAACAGAAGACCAGCGGCCCCAGCUAGAUCCCUACCAGAUUCUCGGACCCACCAGCAGCCGCCUUGCAAAUCCAGGGAGCGGGCAGAUCCAACUGUGGCAGUUCCUGCUGGAGCUCCUCUCGGACAGUUCCAACUCCAGCUGCAUCACCUGGGAAGGGACCAACGGUGAGUUCAAGAUGACGGACCCGGACGAGGUGGCGCGGCGCUGGGGCGAGCGGAAGAGCAAACCCAACAUGAACUACGACAAGCUCAGCCGGGCGCUGCGCUACUAUUACGACAAGAACAUCAUGACCAAGGUGCACGGCAAGCGCUACGCCUACAAGUUCGACUUCCAUGGCAUCGCCCAGGCGCUGCAGCCGCACCCACCCGAGUCCUCGCUCUACAAGUACCCCUCGGACCUGCCUUACAUGGGCUCCUACCAUGCCCACCCGCAGAAGAUGAACUUCGUUGCUCCCCACCCCCCAGCCCUCCCCGUGACAUCAUCCAGUUUCUUCGCCGCCCCCAACCCGUACUGGAAUUCGCCCACCGGAGGGAUCUACCCCAACACGAGGCUUCCUGCCAGCCAUAUGCCUUCUCACCUGGGCUCUUACUACUAGACACCAGAGAAGGGGCCUUUCUCGCCACCCCCAAUCCCCCAGCGCCUGCCCUGAGAACAUGCACUGAGAACAUGCACCCCAAGUGCCUCCUCCAUGGGAAUGA